GGAUAGGGGGGAAAAGCUUUUCCAUAUUAUUUACCGGUUUUCUAGGGAACAGAAACAUCGGAUAGAAAUAAAAGUAUAUUCAAAUCAAUUCAUAGUUCAAUUAUGACAUUAUGUAUAAUUUAGAUCUCGUUUCACUUCUAAUUUUUCGUAAACAGUUCCUUUAAUUUGGUAAAAUGAUAUUUCCAACUACAUUCCUUCAUCUAAUUCUACUAGUUGAAUCCUUCCUUCUUUUUCUUUGUGUCAGGAGAUUAAGAGAUACUGGGGAUUUCCUGCUCAGGGAACAAAAACUGCAGCUUAAAGCUUCUAGUACACAAAAGACUUCAACAGAUUUUGCUAUUCCGAUGAUAUAUGUUGUAACUCCGACCUACACCCGUCCAACCCAACUGCCUGAUCUUACAAGGUUGGCUAAUACACUGCGGCUAGUACCACGGAUACACUGGAUAGUUGCUGAGGAUAGAAAUACGACAACUAAACCUGUAGCAGAUCUUCUAGCAGCCUCAAAGCUAAGAUUCACUCAUUUAGCUGCUGAAAGACCUCAUGAGUUAAUUGGAAAGGUGAUUGGUCGAGGUGUGUUUAACCGAAGAGCAGCUCUUGACUGGAUUAGAACCUAUGCUGAGCCCUCAGGGGUUAUAUACUUUGCUGAUGAUGAUAAUUCCUACGAUGUUCGAAUAUUUGAAGAAAUUCGACAAACACGAGUUGUUGCUGUUUUCCCUGUUGGGCUUGUUCUAAAGUUUGGGAUAAGUUCGCCAAUAGUUCGACAGGGGACUGUUAUCGGAUUUUUUGACGCGUUCCUUGGAGGCAGAAAGUUUGCUAUGGAUAUGGCAGGGUUUUCAGUUUCUGUUAAACAUUUGAAUUCCAAACCACUAGCUACAUUUCCAGCAGCAGUAUCAUGGCUAGAGGAAGGAUUCAUGAGAUCACUGGAGGUAGAAAAAGACGACCUUGAGCCUAAAGCUGAAUCUUGUACCAGGGUCUGGGUAUGGCACACCAGAACAGAGAAAGCAGCUGAGCCUAAACUUCAACAUUUACAGGGAUUUCAUUGCUAA